CCAAAAGACUGGCAAAGAGCAUCCUUUCAGUCAGAGUUCUUGCUCUUCUCCUGAAGAUGAUACCUGUGAGGAUCCUCUGUGUGUUCCUAUGCCUCAGCAUAGCCUGGGCACAAGACGGAGGGAGCACCUUUGAACAGGUGGGUGCAGGAGUGCGUGGUCCCAGGAUUGUGGAGCACAAGUCCCCGUCCAGCUGCCAGUCUGAGAAGAGCUGGCCCAUCUGUGCGGAUGACGACUGGGGUAGCAAAUGUCCAUCAGGAUGCAGAAUGCAAGGACUGAUUGAUGAAAAGGACCAGGAUUUUAGUCAAAGAAUAGAAAAAAUCAAGAAGCUGCUCUCAGAUAAUCAAAACAACUAUAAGAAGUCCAAUCAGAUAAUUGUGGAAACUGUGAAUGUACUAAAACCAAACCUGGACAGUGCUCAGCAGCUUGAUGAGACGUAUGGUCGCCUGUCAGGAGAACUGAGACGGAGAAUUGUGACAUUAAAGCAGAGAGUCGUCACUCAAGUAAACAGAAUUAAAGCUCUGCAGAGCAGCAUCCAGGAACAAGUGGUGGAGAUGAAGCGCUUAGAGGUGGACAUUGAUAUUAAGAUACGAGCUUGCAAAGGAACCUGUGCUAGAAGUUUUGAUUACAAGGUGGACAAAGAAAGCUACGACAACAUCCAGAAGCAGCUUGCCCAAGCCAACUCCAUCAACUUGCACCCAGAGCUUCAAGCAACCACCUUGAGUACACUGAAAAUGAGGCCACUUAAGGACUCUAAUGUUCCUGAUCAUUUUAAGCACAAGCCUCUGCCAGAAAUGCAAGCUCUGAACAUAAUUAAUAAUAUCAAGCAGAUGGAAGCGGUAUUAGAAAGACCAGAAGCAGAUGCAAAACCCUCUCGAGGCGACAGCUCGUAUCACAUGGCAGAAUCAAGGGGGGAUGGACCUUCACACGCCAGCAAAUUAGUUAUUCCUACUCAUGGGAGAGAAACCCUUGGUCUGGGAGACAAAACCUCCUCCACUGUUCGUAGAUGCACCAAAACUACCACCAAAAAAAUUGUCUCUGGGCCUGAUGGCCCUAGAGAAGAAGUAGUUGAGAAAACAGUUUCUUCUGAUGGCUCAGACUGCUCCUAUUUAGCUGGAAAUGUUGGAGGGGAAGGGAGCACAUACCAUUUUAGUGGUUCAGAUGCCUUGCACAAGCUAGAGACUGUAUUCCCUGAGCUAGAGUCAUUUUUUACCCCUGACUCCCCAUCCACUGCUACUAAGCACGUUAGUGGAUCUAGCAGCUUCUCAACCAGCAGACACACAACCAGCACAGGCAGUAGCUACACAGGUACAGCAGCAUCCAGUCAUUCAGGGACUUACGGGGGAAAAGACAGAUUUGCAGACUUAGGAGAGGAGGAGGAAGAUGACUUUGGAGGACUUCACCUUCAGCCAUCUGGAUUCCCAUCUGGCAGUGCAAGUCGCUCCAAGACUGUAGUGACCAGCUCUUCUAGUUUCAACAAGGGAGGCUCCACUUUUGAAACCAAAUCACUAAAGACCCGUGAAAUAAAUGAGCAGCUAGGUGGGUUGGAACAUGAUCAGAGUGCAGAGGAUACCCCAGACUUUCAGGCACGCAGCAUCAGACCGUCAGGAGGGAGGCGAAGGACACCCAGCACUGGGAAAGACUGUGAUGAUAUCCGCCAGAAACACACUUCUGGUGCCAAAAGUGGCAUUUACAAAAUCAAGCCAGCGGGAUCCAAUAAGGUUUUGUCAGUUUAUUGCGACCAAGAGACCACUUUGGGAGGAUGGCUAUUGAUCCAACAGAGAAUGGAUGGAUCAGUGAAUUUUAACCGGACCUGGCAAGACUACAAGAAAGGUUUCGGCAGCGUGGAUGGCAGAGGGCGAGGAGAGUUUUGGCUGGGCAAUGAGAACAUACACUUGCUGACUCAGAAUGAUACUCUCCUUCGGGUUGAGUUAGAGGACUGGGAUGGAAAUGCUGUGUUUGCAGAGUAUCUCAUGCAGGUAGGGUCUGAAGCUGAAGGGUACGCCCUGGCCGUGUCCUCCUACGAGGGCACUGCCGGGGAUGCCCUGAUCACUGGCUGGGUGGAAGAGGGCACCGAGUACACGUCCCACGCCCAGAUGAAGUUCAGCACCUUCGACUGGGACCAAGACCAUUGGGAGGAGAACUGUGCGGAGAUGUACGGGGGCGGCUGGUGGUACAACAGCUGCCAGGCCGCCAACCUCAAUGGCAUUUACUACCUGGGGGGCCACUACGACCCCAGGUACAAUGUCCCCUACGAGAUCGAAAAUGGUGUAGUCUGGCUGCCAUUUAAAGCCUCUGACUAUUCCCUCAAAACUGUUAGAAUGAAAAUCAGGCCCAUAGAAACCCUGUAGAAAGACAGGCCUUUAACAUGUGUUAUGACUACAAGUUGAAAAGAUUUUUUAUACAUGUAUGUAUGAUGUACCUUUACCCCAUGAAUUUGAAGGCAACUGGACACAUUUGCAGAUUAGAAACAAUAAACAGUGAUUAAUUAUCAACAAGA